AUGCUCUUCACCAAGGUCAUCGCCAGCGCGCUCCUCGUUACGGGCAGCCUUGCUGCUCCUUCUCAGGGUACUGACGUCGAUGAUGGCAAUCACGCCAAGAUGACGCCUCGCGAGUACUGGGCAUUCGCUUUCAAGCUUCGUGAUGAUGAGAUGCAGAAAACCAAACGCCACGAGGACCCGAGUCUCGCUGCUCGCGAAUACUGGGCCUUUGCUUUCAAGCUUCGCUCCGGCGUCAAGGCUAGACGCUCUACUCUGGACUCUCAGUGCGAGAUUGCCGAAGAAGGAAUCUACUGCAAAUACUCCAGUGCAGACAUUGAAGCCUACGGUACAGCUAGCCGCCUCCAGGAGGGCUGCCUCACACUUGACACUGGUGUGUCUUGCUUCUACCCUGGUAAAUUCAGCCUCGAUGAAGUCAAAAUUGACCCGCAAACAAACGACCCAAGGUUGACCAUUCCCAUUACGAUGUCAUCUGAAAAGACGAUGCUCGGAAGUGUACUCACCGUAGGGUGCACCGAAGAGUCGCAAACUAGUGGCUUGCAGGCCGACAAGAGGGCAACAGCUUCUCUGAAUGUAACGGCAGUGCUUCUCUCGACCGGUUCAGCGACUCCCAAGAAUGAGGCCGGCAAACAAGUGGUUGUUCACACCACACUUGAGACACUGCAAAGCCAGCUCAGUGCUGUGAUUGAGACCAAAGAGUAUACAGUGGCGAAAUUUGUUCCCGAUGACCCUUUCCCGCCUUCUUGUCGAAAUGUCAAGGCAGUUUCUGUUGAGAGUUUUGUGUUGGCAGCUAACAUUGUGCGUUACCCCGCAGGCGCCUUGUUCUCCUCGGAAUCAGUCAAGCUGGUGUCCGACCUCGUACAGCAAGAUAAACCGCAACUCGUUCUGGACAUGGAGCCUUUCUUCAAAACAGGACCGCCUCCCCAGGAGGCAGUUCUUAGCGCCCUUAAAGACGGCAUACUUCCCUCAACCACGGUGCUUUGCGCGACAGUGCGUGAGGCCAAGGCAUUACUUGACAAUGCUGGCAUUCACAUCGACUACCCACAGAGUAUGCAAGAUGUCCAGACCAUGGGGCAGGCUGUGCAAAAAUUAGGUCCUGAAUAUGUUGUCAUGAAGCGAGAGAUAUUGGGAGAAAACGACGGCAUGACAACGCUUCACUAUGUUCUCUGCGGAGGUGGAGAGCCGCAAGUGGUAACAUGCCGCUUCAAAAAUCCGAAAGGAUAUUUUGGUGUGAGCUACUCUAUCCCAGCUCUGAUCGCUGCGAAGCUCGCAGGCGGUUCUGAUGUAGCUGGGGCAGUGGCUGAGGCCUUUCAGUUUGCAGUCAUCAAGACACCAGCCAGAAGGCACCAGCCCGUCAGCAACCAGCCACAGAGCACCAAAACGUCCACCAGCUUUAACGCACCAGGGCCUCGCCCACCAGGACCAUCAAGAUCAUCAGCCAAAGAGCACCAGCCAGAGCACCAGCCCACGAGCACCAGCCAAAGAGCACCAGCCUGA